CAGUAUGAACAACAUUACUCAAUUGCCAGAAGAUGCAUUUAAGAAUUUUCCUUUUCUGGAAGAGCUACGAUUGGCUGGCAACGACCUCUCUUUCAUCCACCCCAAAGCGCUGUCUGGGUUGAAAGAACUCAAAGUUCUAACCCUCCAGAACAAUCAGUUGAAAACUGUGCCCAGUGAAGCCAUUCGAGGACUGAGCGCCUUGCAGUCUUUGCGCUUGGAUGCCAACCACAUUACCUCAGUCCCGGAGCACAGUUUUGAAGGGCUUAUCCAGUUGCGGCACCUGUGGCUGGAUGACAACAGCCUGACGGAGGUGCCUGUGCACCCCCUCAGCAAUCUUCCAACUCUGCAGGCACUGACUCUGGCGCUCAACAAAAUCUCAAGCAUCCCCGAUUUUGCUUUCACCAACCUUUCAAGUCUGGUAGUUCUACAUCUCCAUAACAAUAAAAUUAAAAACCUGGGUCAACACUGUUUUGAUGGACUAGAUAACCUGGAGACCUUGGACUUGAAUUACAAUAACUUAGGGGAAUUUCCUCAGGCUAUUAAAGCCCUGCCUAGCUUAAAAGAACUGGGAUUUCAUAGUAAUUCUAUUUCUGUUAUCCCCGAUGGAGCAUUUGGUGGUAAUCCACUCUUAAGAACUAUACAUUUGUAUGAUAAUCCUCUGUCUUUCGUGGGGAACUCAGCAUUUUACAAUUUAUCCGAUCUGCAUUCCAUAGUCAUUCGGGGUGCGAGCAUGGUACAGUGGUUCCCAAAUCUCACUGGGACGGUUCAUCUGGAGAGCCUGACCCUGACUGGCACUAAAAUAAGCAGCAUACCCAGGGACCUGUGCCAAGAACAAGUGAUGCUCAGGACUCUGGACUUGUCUUACAACAAUAUAAAAGACCUUCCAAAUUUUAAUGGAUGCCAUGCUUUGGAAGAAAUUUCUUUGCAACAUAAUCAGAUCCACCAAAUAAAGGAAGGCACUUUUGAAGGCCUCAUUUCCCUAAGGAUUCUAGAUCUGAGUAGAAACCUGAUCCAAGAAAUUCACAGCCAUGCUUUUGCUAAACUUGGGUCAAUAACUAACCUAGAUGUAAGUUUCAAUGAAUUAACUUCAUUUCCUACGGAGGGCCUGAAUGGGCUAAAUCAACUGAAGCUUGCUGGCAACUUUAAGCUGAAAGAAGCUUUAGCAGCUAAAGACUUUGUGAAUCUCAGGUCUUUAUCUGUACCAUAUGCUUAUCAGUGCUGUGCAUUUUGGGGCUGUGACUCUUACAGAAAUACAAACACAGAAGAUAGUAGCCUGCAAGACCACAGCGUGGCCAAGGAUAAAGGUACUGCUGAUGCAGCGGGUGUCACAAGCAGUACUGACAAUGAAGAACACAGUCAAAUCAUUAUCCACUGUACACCCUCAACAGGUGCUUUUAAGCCCUGUGAAUAUUUACUGGGAAGCUGGAUGAUUCGUCUUACUGUGUGGUUCAUUUUCCUAGUUGCAUUGAUUUUCAACCUGCUUGUCAUCGUGACAACAUUUGCAUCUUGUACAUCACUGCCUUCCUCCAAAUUGUUCAUAGGCCUGAUCUCUGUGUCUAACUUACUCAUGGGAGUCUACACAGGCACCUUGACUUUCCUGGACGCUGCGUCUUGGGGCAGAUUUGCUGACUUUGGCAUUUGGUGGGAGACUGGAAGUGGCUGCAAAGUUGCUGGGUUCCUUGCAGUUUUCUCCUCAGAAAGUGCCAUAUUUUUGUUAACAUUAGCGGCCAUUGAAAGAAGCCUAUCAGUAAUGAAAAAUGGGAAAAGCAAGCAUCUCAAACAGUUCCGGGGAGCUGCUCUUUUUGCUUUCCUGGGUGCAGCAGUUGCAGGCUGUUUCCCCAUUUUCCACAGAGGGGAGUACUCUGCAUCACCCCUGUGUUUGCCAUUUCCCACUGGGGAAACAACAUCCUUGGGGUUCACUGUAACGUUAGUGCUUUUAAACUCAUUAGCAUUUCUAUUAAUGGCCAUUAUCUACACUAAACUGUACUGCAACUUGGAGAAAGAAGACCUGUCAGAGAACUCACAGUCUAGCAUGAUUAAGCAUGUUGCUUGGCUCAUAUUCACCAAUUGCAUUUUUUUCUGCCCUGUUGCAUUUUUCUCAUUUGCACCAUUGAUCACGGCAAUCUCUAUCAGCCCUGAAAUAAUGAAGUCCGUUACACUGAUAUUUUUCCCAUUGCCUACUUGUCUGAAUCCAGUCCUGUAUGUUUUCUUCAACCCAAAGUUCAAGGAAGACUGGAAGUUACUGAAGCGACGUAUUACCAAGAAAAGUGGAUCGGUGUCAGUUUCCAUCAGUAGCCAAGGUGGUUGUGUGGAACAGGAUUUCUACUACGACUGUGGCAUGUACUCCCACCUGCAGGGCAACCUGGCUGUGUGUGACUGCUGUGAAUCAUUUCUUCUGACAAAGCCAAUAUCCUGCAAACACUUAAUGAAAUCCCACAGCUGUCCUGCACUGGCCGUGGCAUCAUGUCAAAGAGCAGAUGGCUAUUGGUCCGACUGUGGCACGCAGUCUGCCCACUCUGAUUAUGCAGAUGAGGAAGAUUCCUUUGUCUCGGACAGUUCUGAUCAGGUGCAGGCUUGUGGACGGGCCUGUUUCUAUCAGAGUCGAGGAUUCCCUUUGGUGCGCUAUGCCUACAAUCUACCAAGAGUUAAAGACUGAAUUAACCUGUAAUUGUUUCUCCCACCAACAAAAAUCAGUGUUUAUAGAACGAACCUUCUUCUGAUCUGUCGUCUGCAAAGCACUUCUAUAAUCACUGCCUGGGGUCACUUAGAAGAAGGGGAAGGUAGUAGUAUAUUUCUCAAACCAUACGCUUUUGAAGAGCAGGUGCCUAAAUUAUAAAAUGGUGGUAAAUGCAACACCCAAGCCAUGUGUGGGUUAUUUGUAACGUUUUUCACUUGAAAAGGGGCUUUUUAGGUAGAGUAACAACGUAAUGUUGAAGGACCCCGGGUAGUGGCACAGGGGCUAAGCACUUAGCUUUUAAGGAAAAGGUCAAUGGUUCGAAUCCACCAUCUGUUCCUCAGCAGCUGGCUUCCGUAAAUAUUUUCAGUCGUUGAAUCCUGUGGGGCAGUUCUACUUUGUCCGAUGGGGUUGCCAGGAGUCAGACUCGGCUUGAUGGCAAGGGGUUUGGUUUUGGUUUAGCAAUAAUGUUAGCUUUCUCUGAUGCAUAAGAAACAAAUUUAAACCUGUUUCUGAAGUAAGCACAAAGCAAAGAACAGCUGUUAAUAUUUUUGAAAAUUUAUUCUGAAAUGUGAUUUUUAUAUGGCCGAAGAAAAAGUCUCGCUAAUUUUAACAUUUUUUAGUAUAUUAUCUCUAAUUAAUAUUUCCUAGUAUAUUAAUCUCAGGAUAACUUAUUGCAGGGCCAAAAAGGGAUUAUCUCCCAAGUAGAACUGUGAAAGUAUACAUAGGCAUUACUUUAUUGUGCUUUAUAUUUCCAUCUUUAGACAUCAUAGAAUUAUAAAUUUUACUUAGAUGAUUUAUAAAUCUAAAACUGUAGAUGUUUUAAAAACAGUAUUAACAGCUGUUAGUUAAAAAAAAAUCUGAACAAUUGUUUUCAGUCUUUAUACAUUGCUUCACUGCAGUAACAGUGUUUUUUUCCAUAUUUGUGAUCAUACUACUAGGAAAAAGUAAGGGCUAAUUACUGUGUGGGUUAUACAGAUUUGGCUAACUUGCUAACUAGUAUGGGGUUCUUAAUAGUAUCUGAAGCUGACUCCUUGUAAUGUUCCCACUAAAAAACAGUGCUCACUGGUAACAGAAAGAUUGAUGAUUAGAACCAACCAGCUGCCCUGGGGGAAUGGGGGGAGAGGGGAGGAAGGGUGUAGCAGUCUGCUUUUUUAAAGGUUUUACGGGCUUCGAACACCUUUCUGGCAGCUCUAUUUUGGCUUAUAGGGUUGCUCUAAGUCAGAAUUGAUUCAAAGGCAGUGGGUUUAGAUUUUGUUUAGAAAUAUCAUAGGCUCGACAGAAUUUUCCAAUUUUGUUGGUGUUAUCUAUAGCUUGAUUUAUAAAGUAGACUGUAGUGAAUAAUUGCAUAUAAUUGGAAGAAAUUGACAGUAAUUAAGAAAGCACUUGUCUUUAUUUCUUAGCUGGAUUUUCAUGUACUGUGCUAUGACAUGGUAGUGUUCAUACUUUUUACCUUACUAUGAUUACAAAAGAGCCUACCCAACAGCUCAAGUGCUGAGCUUUGGUGAGAAUAGACAAAUACCAGAUGUACUCGAGUAAAAGCCGACCCGAAUAUCCACCAAGGCACCUAAUUUUACCACAAAAACUGCAUUAAAAAUGUGUUAAAAAAACUCGGC